AUGGCCAUCCACCCUGUUUUCCUGGUGAGCUUUGUGAGCCUCUUGGCUCGAAGAGGAGACCUUGUCUCGACGAGUGUUUUGGAUGACACUGUGUUGACUCCACAAACACGAACAACAAGUGCAGGCAUUAGAAGAAGAACACCGUUCUCCCCAUUAUUCUCUCAGCUCUCUCAAAAGCAAAUUGCGGAAAACAUUCAGGCUUCAUAUCUCGAGCCCUUACUUGACCAAGCCGGUUUGAAUAUCAAGAGGGACAAUAUUGUGGUAGACAACCUUUCCGACUUGGGAUUCUCCAACAAUGUUUUUCGGGUGGAAGUGAACAACCACAACGACAAUCAUCAGCAAUCCAAGAAGAAGAUUCUGGUGGCCAAGAUAUUCUCUGAUCUGGCCAAGAAACGCGUCGAUCCUAACCAAAACUUUAUGGGGGAAGUCGAUGAACUCUUGCACAACGAAUGCUUGGGACCCAAGGUUUUGGCCCACACACCCGAUGCACUCUUGAUGGAGUACAUUGAUGGACACGUUUUAACCGAAUCUAUCAUAUUUGACCCUCACAACGGAUUGUCCAUUUGCAGUGCCGUGGGAGAUGCACUGGGACGGAUGCAUUCUUUGCAGGGCGUUCAUACUGAUACUGAUGUUCAAUGCACCAAUAACAAUAUGCUAUGGCAUGCUUUGGAUGUCAUGUUGUCUUCGAUUGACGAAAAGUUUCAGCUAUCGACGCCAUCAGGAGAUACUUGGACACUGGCAAAGUUGCAAGAUACCAUUGGAAUUUGUCGUGACCGUCUAGAAGGGUUGAAAGCGCCCUGUGUUCCCGUCGGCCACGGCGACUUUAAGCUGUCGAAUGUAAUGAUGACUGGAGCUACCAACGAGAUUCGAUUCAUCGACUUUGAGCUGACUGGUACCCACUAUCGCGGAUACGACUUGGCCAAAUUCUUUCGAAGCUCUACGCAAUCUACUUCUCCUGAUAUCCGAGCACGGCAUCAAAAGGCGAUGUGGGAAUCCUAUCACAGGCGAACAGGCGAUGGCAUCGAUUUGAGUGCAUCGUCGCUUGCGGAAGCAGUGUCACAACUGGAAUGGGAAGCACAGCUACUGGAGCCCAUGACUUGGCUAGAAGCAGCGGCUUUUUUCCUUAGCAUGGCUACGUUGGACGAUCCUUCUCAAAAAGAGAAAUGGAACGGACUGGCUCAAAGUCGCCUGCUGAGUUUUGAAACCAUGAACGCAAAUGUCAAAACGUAG